AUGGUCGCCCCGGAAUUACGUCGGCAGGUCAUCAAUGUGUAUAAAGGUGCGGUCGCAUGCAUGGGCCAUACCCAAGAGCACAAGCUCACUAAUGUUGAAGAACUCCUUUGGUUAGGACGCGAGUAUCCCCUGGGGUACAAAUAUUUCCGAGAUCGGCUCCAUCGUGCGUUUGCAGGUCAGGCUCAUCUUCAGGAUGAAGAGCAAAUUCGAAAGGGGAUUGCUAGGGCGGAAUUUGUAAAGAAAGAAGUCGAAGCAUUGUGA